GAGCCGGCGGCGGCGAGUGACGGAGUGUCCGUCCGCGGCGCAGAAGGGUGGCGCGGCCCAUGGACCGGCACAAAGUGAAGCGGCAGCGGCUGGACCGGAUCUGCGAAGGCAUACGGCCUCCUAUUGUGAAUGGCCCAAUGCCAACACGGCCACUGGUUGCACUCCUGGAUGGACGAGAUUGCACUGUGGAGAUGCCCAUCUUGAAGGAUGUUGCUACAGUGGCAUUUUGUGAUGCUCAGUCAACUCAGGAAAUCCAUGAAAAGGUGCUGAAUGAGGCAGUAGGAGCUCUGAUGUAUCACACCAUUACCCUUUCUCGUCAGGAUCUGGAGAAAUUCAAAGCCCUCAGGGUCAUUGUGCGUAUUGGCAGUGGCUAUGACAAUGUUGACAUCAAAUCCGCUGCAGAAUUAGGCAUUGCAGUUUGCAACAUCCCUUCCUCCUCAGUAGAGGAGACUGCUGACUCCACCCUCUGCCACAUCUUGAACCUCUAUCGCCGUGUUACUUGGCUACAUCAGGCUAUGAGGGAAGGGAAUCGAGCCUCAAGUGUAGAACAGAUUCGAGAGGUGGCUGGUGGCGCUGUGCGUAUCCGUGGGGAGACUUUGGGCAUCAUUGGACUAGGCCGAGUUGGACAGGCAGUGGCUCUGCGAGCCAAGUCCUUUGGCUUCAACGUGAUUUUCUAUGAUCCCUAUCUGCCGGAUGGAGUGGAGCGAUCCUUGGGUUUACAACGAGUAGGAACCCUGCAGGAUCUACUAAUGCACAGCGAUUGCAUCACAUUGCACUGCAGCCUGAAUGAACAUAACCAUCACCUCAUCAAUGACUUCACUAUUAAACAGAUGCGCCAGGGCUGCUUCUUAGUGAACACAGCCCGGGGAGGGCUGGUAGAUGAGAAAGCCUUAGCACAAGCCUUGAAAGAGGGGAGAAUCAGAGGAACAGCAUUGGAUGUGCACGAGUCUGAGCCUUUCAGCUUUGCUCAGGGGCCCUUAAAAGAUGCACCUAAUGUGAUCUGCACCCCUCACACUGCCUGGUACAGUGAGCAGGCGUCCAUUGAAUCCAGAGAAGAUGCAGCUAAAGAGAUCCGCAGAGCUAUUACAGGUCACAUACCUGAUGCUUUGAGGAACUGUGUUAAUAAGGAGUACUUGCUGCUAGCAGCUCAGUGGUCCAGUAUUGAUCCUGCGACUGUCCACCCAGAACUCAACGGAGCUGCAGCUUACAGGUUUCCUCCAGGAGUAGUGGGAGUAGCCACCCCUGCGCUGCCAGAACCGCCAGUAGUGGAAGGGAUUGUAGCUCAUGGGAUACCUCCUGUUUCCCACUCUGCACCGCGUACCCCUUCCCCAGGAGAGACAAGCAAACUGGAUGCAGACAGAGAGAUUCCUGCUGACCAAUAGCAGCAUCUUUCCUCUCCUCUGGCAGCAGAAAAAAGUAGGAGGGCAUCUCCUCCUAGGACCUUCUUUAACACCCUACAGAGACUGUUUCCUGUUCGUGCAGGACGGGAGAAUGCAUUUCAUUACUGGCAAACUUUAGCUCUUGCCUUUAUUUUUUAACCUUUUAGUUUUAAUCUCUCAAUCUUUCCCCUUCACUGGGGCAGGGCAGCAGUGACCUUGCCUCCUCUUGGAAACACUUAGUUUAACAAAUGAAUUUUCCCAUAUAUCUGCCCCGGUUGUCUGUGACAGGGAACUGUCCUUGUGCACUCGAACACUGAAGUGGAGCUGCCUGAUCAGGAAUGGCCCUCAAUGUUCCCAACACCAGACUUCAGUGCACACCUUUCAGUUGUGACUUGUAGCUUAAAUUUAAUUUGGUUGAACCUCUCAAGUGUAGCCAUGGGGAAUACUAGAAAAAUACUAGUGAAUUGGAGAAGUUGUGACUAUUGUCUUUAUUAUGCCCUUGGUAGAAUGCAGGCUAGGCUCAGCUCUGUGUGUUACUUUGCUUGUUUUAAUUAAGGUUUCCCAUGAGAACAGGCAUUGCUCAUUCUUGACCAUACAAAGUUCAGUCUAUGCAGUACCAGGCCUGAGGUUAAAAGUAACAGUCUCAAAGACAGCCCUGUAAAUAAUUUGGAAGGGAUUAAACUGUCAUCAAAUGUGUUGUGGUGACCACUGUGUUUGUGAGGCUUCAGAGUAGUUCACCCUGGAGUCUCUGUAACUCAGAGAAGGCAAGAGAAUCCAGAAGUGGGAAAAACUUGCCCUGGGAGACAGCAAGUAGCAGUAACUUGCAGCUGCAGUUGCUUGUUCUUGACACACACGUACCUCACAGUCUGAUGGUGGUCUUUAGCCCUAAGGUAUCUAUCAUGUUAGAAUUCUAAGCUUUGUGCUUCAACUAGAAGUAACACAGCACUUGUCCCUGUGCUGGAUGAUGGUGAUGGAGAAGGCAGCUUUCACUGGUUGAGCAAAUUACUCCAGCUCUGCCACCAUGUACUCAUAUACUGCAUCUCCAACAGUGGGCAGGGCAGGACAGUGUUGUUUUUGGUUUGGUUUUUUUUAACACGAGUAAGCUUUGGGAUACUAAAGGAGAAAGAACUCUCUUGGCUUGUCACCUAAAGCCAAGGCAGGAUUGUUGCUCUCAAGUAUUUUCCCAUUUUCUAAAUGAUCGAGUAUGAAUCGCUUCCUUGAGGGGAUGGAGCAAAACGGGUUCCACAGGAGAAGAUUUUCCUUAAUUCCACACCUUCCUUUAAUUUUACCUUGUUACACUUUAGCUACAGCCUUUCUAUGCACAACAUGUAAUGAUUCCCCAUUGAUUUGUUCAUGUUGUGUGGGCCUACUGAAGUCGGUGCUAUGUGGGAGGCAUCCCCUGUGUGUGGGUUGGUCUGCCUCCCUUGAUCCUUCCCUGCUGUGUGUCUGUGACUGGAAGCUGAACAGCUGGGAACAGACUGGAAAUACAGCAUGAGGUGCGGACACGAUCCUCUGGUUGGGCUGUUUGGGAAGCUGAGGAAAGCUUUCACAGUCACUAAGUUUUCAGGGUUUUGGGUUUUUUUUUCCUGGUUUUAAAUUUUUCUCCAAUACUGCCUUCAUAUAAUGGCUUGCUUCUGAUGCAGUGAAGUGAUUAAUUCCUUUCUCCUCCAACCCCUCACACCUCAGCAACUCAAGAAAGGAAAAUGAAGAAAUAAACUUCAGGUGUUUUCUUACAGAUUUUACACUUUAACUGUUUAGCAUUAGUGAGAUGAUAUUAGUUCUCUAGGGCUGAGUGUCUUUUUUGAUAAGGUGUUUGUCUUGGUGAAGGUUGUUCACUUCUGUGUUUUCAUGGAUGAUGCUGAUUCUACUUAAAAUUCAUAUACCUCCUUGGCAGCUCAGGUUUAGCAGAUGAGACUGGGACUGGUGGAAAAUAACCAGCAGCACCUUCCUGAGUUCUCUAACCUCUAGGAAAUCUAAGUUUUACAAGCUACUAGCUCAGAAAGCUGUUCUUCUGACAGGCAGAUGGGGAGAAGUUUUCAGGGCCUGAGAGCUCAUCCUCUGUGUGUUACCACAGUCUGUCAGUAACUACUCUGUUUCGUUAUUUGCUGCUGAAAAUUCCUGCCCUGCUUAGAGGUUCAGGUCUGAGAUUAUUCUGUGGUAAGGGGCUUCUAGUUACGAGCUUUGUGACUACAGAGAAUCAGAGUACAUUGACCUUGUCUCUAGAGCACAAUGCAAGAUAGAUUUAUUUUUUUUAAAAGAGGCAGCAAUUUGUUUCUUUUUCCUCUUCUUAACUGCAAAUAUCUCUCCAGACCAAUCAACUGAGCAGAGGAAGAGUGGAAAGAUCUCAUCUGGGGGACACCUGAGUUUCUCAGUUCUUACUUUUGGUGCCUAGAUAUACUGGUGACUAGUAAUUCCCUAGUGGGAAUUGAUUGAUGUGAUAAGAAAUAUUUCCAGCUAUGGGUACUAAGGAGUUGAAGGUGACAGCAUUGAUAGUGGCUCUGUUCUAGCCAACACUCUGUAGGCUUGUGCUUGAAUAUGAAGGCAAUUUUGCCCCUGAUUAAAGCCGCAGCAGAAAAUACUGAGGUAAAAACGAACAGAACCCUUAUCAUGACCUCAAAGAAGGGCUCUCUUUGUGCCUAUAGGAUUACUCUGCUUAUACACCAUUUGUACCUCUGCUUAUAGACUGAACCUGUUAUUACCAGACAAAGGCUAUUCUGAAGAGAUAGCUCAAAAAGAAAUAUUUUCCAGUACUUAAGUACUCUGUGGUCUUCUCCAUCCUGAGUGCCCAGUCCAAUGUCCACUCUCUCCUGUGUGACACUCGGACUUGCAGCUCCCUUCCCAAGCUGUUGCUGGUUACAGAAGUGGAAGGAUUGAUGUUUAUUUUGUUUUUUCUUAAUGCCUUCCUUCAGAACUAGUGCAGAGCUUUAAUCCCAAAGAACAGAAGUCUGCCAGGGUGAGGCAGGAGUGUCCUAGCUGCACUAAUCUGCUUACAGGAGGUGCUCACACUGUCCUAAGGUACAUUCUGUUUUGUCAGGGUCACUGCUGCUGACCAGCUUUUUUAUAGAGGAUUCAGAGUUUCAGAAAUAUAUUUUUGUAGACAAUGACUAAACUGUGAAACAUUGAAAUAAAGCAUGUAAACAAAA